AUGCUUCAGAAUCCAAAGAGUCUUCGAUGUGAAUUCAGCAUAUCUGGAUACCCGAUGAAGGGAUUUUUGGAGCUCUACGCGGUGAAUGCCAGUGCUAAAUUGGCACGUGGAAUCAACGAUGUUGAGGGUUUGGAGUUGGACGUUCAUGUGGGGAUGAAGGAGGGCCCAGUGCGAAGCAUCAUGGAGGUCUCGGUUCUAGACUCAACCGGAUCGAAGUGCAUGCCGAUGAGGAAGAAAAUUGCUUCACACAUACAUUACGUUCUGCCUUUCAGUCGACAAUUCGCAAAGGGUGAAUCUCUGUUACCAAAUGAUACUCUGACAUUGUUAUUUGUCGUCAACAUAACGACGGAUAUACUGACGAACCGUCGGGACGAAAUGGUAAUGCCUCCUGUGGAGAGCAAUAUAAGAAGAGAUGUGACGAAACUUCUCGACAAUCCGGAAUACGCCGAUGCGACGAUUACCGUUGGAAACAGAAAGUUUUUUGUCCUGAAGGCCAUUCUAGCCGCCCGCAGUUCCGUAUUCGCAGCCAUGUUUGAACACGGAAUGAGGGAAAGUCAUGAGGGCAAUGUUGAGGUGACUGAUUUGACUCAAGAAGUCGUUGAGGAGAUGUUGCACUUCAUCUACGCCGAUGAGGUGAAGAGGCCUGACUGCUUCACGAUUGAGCUGCUGUAUGCCGCUCAGAAAUAUGAUCUGAGGCGACUCGUAAUGCUGACCGGCCGGACACUCCUGCAUGAUCUCGCGGCGGAGAAUGCUGCCGAGAGGCUAGUCAUCGCUGAUCGCUUCAAUCUUAAGGACAUCAAAGAAUUCAUCAUUCGGUUUAUUGGGGGUCAGACAAAGGCUGUGAUGCAGACGGAGGGGUAUAAGACAAUGGCGACGGAGUAUGUUCAUCUUGCGCUGGAAUGUUUCGAAACAAUGACGCUUGAAUAG